UUUGUUUCUCUUUCGGCUUACUUCAUCGUGAGGUGAGGGUUUACAUUUCUUUCUUUCUUUCUUUCUAAUCGAUAUCGAUCUUCUCCUCUCAUUACACACUGAAUCCUGUUUGAGGGGUGGAAGAGAGGCUUAUCGAAUUGGAGAAUGGGUGUUGAAGGAACUUCUGUGUCCGAUGGAACCGACUCGAAGGGAACUGGCGCCGGCGUCUCCGUCAAUGUUCGAUGCUCUAAUGGAUCCAAAUUCUCUGUUCAGGCCAACCUCGAUUCCGAUGUUCGAUCGUUCAAGUCCGUUCUCGCUCUCAAUUGUGACAUACCAGCGGACCAACAGCGGCUAAUUUACAAAGGGAGGAUUCUUAAGGACGACGAAACUCUGGAAAGCUAUGGCCUGGAGGCAGAACAUACUGUCCACCUAGUGCGUGGUUUUGCACAGAGUUCAUCACCCAAUACUGUGGCUGCUGCAAAUACUGGAAUUCCAAGUUCUACUCCAAAUACCAGGCAAGGUGGUCCUGAAGAGAGUGGUGCAUUUGGAGGACUUGGUUCUGAAGCUUCCCUUUUUCCUGGGCUAGAUUUGAAUGGAAUUGGUGGUGGCACUGGUGGCUUAUUUGGAGCAGGACUUCCUGAUUUUGAAAAUAUGCAACGACAAUUUACUCAGAAUCCAAAUAUCAUGAGAGAUAUAAUGAACAUGCCUGUUGUGCAGAAUUUAAUGAAUAAUCCUGAUAUUAUCCAGAAUCUGAUAAUGAACAAUCCUCAGAUGCGCGAAGUCAUUGACCGGAAUCCCGAACUUGCUCAUGUUCUCAAUGACCCUGCCACUCUCCGUCAGACAAUGGAGGCGGCUAGAAACCCUGAGCUCUUGCGUGAGAUGAUGCGCAAUACUGACAGAGCUAUGAACAAUAUAGAAUCAUCUCCAGAGGGAUUCAAUAUGCUAAGACGCAUGUAUGAAAAUGUUCAAGAGCCUUUUCUCAAUGCAACUACUAUGGCAGGGGACACUGGAAAUGACAACCCCUUUGCUUCUCUUCUGGGCACACCAGGUGGAGGGCAGGGCCAUGUUAGGGACCAGGCAACUAACCCAACAAGUGCUGGUCAUGAGAAUGCAGCCAGUGCCCCUGUUCCCAAUGCUGAUCCACUUCCCAAUCCUUGGGCUUCUGGAGCAGCAGCUGGAGGUGCACAAGCCAAUUCCACUGCCAGGUCAAAUACUGGUGGAUAUACUAGGCAACCAUCAGUGGCUGGAUUAAGUGGUCUUGAUGGUCUGCCACUUGACCAAAUGUUUGGUUCUACAAAUGAUGCGUCUUCUUUGAGCCAAUUUAUGCAAAACCCAGCUGUAUCAGAAUUGAUGCAAAGUCUCCUUUCUAAUCCUCAGUAUAUGAAUCAGAUGCUUGGUAUGAACCCCCAGCUGCGAAACGUAGUGGACUCCAAUACCCAACUUAGGGAAAUGAUGCAAAACCCAGACUUUAUUCGUCAAUUAACUUCCCCUGAGAUGACACAGCAACUCCUCAAUUUUCAGCAAACGCUACCACUGCUUGGGGCCCGACCAACAACUGGGGAUGCUAGUCAAACUGGUGGAGGAGCAGGGUUGGAUACGCUGAUGAACAUGUUUUCUGGUCUGGGGAUUGGCGGCAUGAAUAAUACCCCCAACAGACCCAAUGUUGCGCCAGAAGAAUUAUAUGCGACCCAACUGUCUCAGCUUCAAGAAAUGGGUUUCUUUGAUGUCCAAGAGAACCUGCGUGCUCUCAUUGCCACUUCUGGGAAUGUUCAUGCUGCAGUUGAGCGUCUUCUGGGAAACAUGGGCCAGUAGAAACUACUAUAUGUUCUCAUUGUCUGUCUCAUCAUCAUUUUGUUACUUGCUUGAGAAUAUUAUAUGGGAUAACAGUGCAAAUGAUGAAAGGUAAUUGAAGUUUGGUAACCAAUAAAGAAGAGAAUCUAAAGAGAGACCAUUUGAAGCUGUAAAAACUUUCUUCAUGUAGCUUAUUUAUACCAUUAUCAGUCAGUCAACCUUCUGUAUGGACCAGGACUCAGUGAAGGUAGUACUAGGUAAUGGAGAAAUUUGAGGAGGGUCAGUUACUUUUGUUCUGCUUUGUACAUAAGGGAGAGGUUUCUCUCCCAAUCUGGAUCUCAUACAGAGUUUUUAUCAUGUCCUUUUUUUUAUUCAAAACCCCAUGCUGAGGCCUGAGUGUGUUUUAGUACAUUUCUCUUUUCCUUUUCUUUAUGAAUUCAGCAUAUUAUGAAAUUUAAUUUGUCUGUUGA